UGGUUCUGGGGGGAAAGGGGUUGAGAUCCGGGAUCCCUGAGUCUGAGCGAAGAGUCUGGGUGCAGGGAGCCAGGAUUCCUGGGGUCUAAGGACCGAAGAGCUGGAGGUCACGCCGCCAUGCCUUCCUCUGGGCCCCGCGCAGCCCUGCUCCUCCUGCCACCGCUACUGCUGCUGCGCGCUGUGCUGGCGGUGCCCCUGGAGCGGGGGGCGCCCAAGCAGGAGAGCCCUGCGACCGAGAGCCCUGUGAGUGGCCCUGCCCUGCUCUCCAGCCAGGACACGGGUCUGUACUACCACCGGUACCUCCAGGAAGUCAUCAACGUGCUGGAGACAGAUGGGCAUUUCCGAGAGAAGCUGCAGGCUGCCAAUGCCGAGGACAUCAAGAGUGGAAAGCUGAGCCGGGAGCUGGACUUUGUCAGCCACCAUGUCCGCACCAAGCUGGAUGAGCUCAAGCGACAGGAGGUGUCUCGGCUGCGGAUGCUGCUCAAGGCCAAGAUGGAUGCGGAGCAGGAGCCUAAUGUACAGUUGGAUCACCUGAGCCUCCUGAAGCAGUUUGAACACCUGGACCCUCAGAAUCAGCACACCUUUGAGGCCCGGGACCUGGAGCUGCUGAUCCAGACGGCCACCCGGGACCUGGCGCAGUAUGACGCGGCCCAUCACGAAGAGUUCAAACGCUACGAGAUGCUCAAGGAACACGAGAGACGCCGUUAUCUGGAGUCACUGGGUGAGGAACAGCGCAAGGAGGCAGAGAGGAAGCUAGAAGAACAACAGCGCCGGCACCGAGAGCACCCCAAAGUCAAUGUACCUGGCAGCCAAGCCCAGUUGAAGGAGGUGUGGGAGGAGCUGGAUGGAUUGGACCCCAACAGGUUUAACCCUAAGACCUUCUUCAUACUGCAUGAUAUCAACAGUGAUGGUGUCCUGGAUGAACAGGAGCUAGAGGCCCUCUUCACCAAGGAGCUGGAGAAAGUGUAUGACCCAAAGAAUGAAGAAGAUGACAUGCGGGAGAUGGAGGAGGAGCGGCUUCGUAUGAGGGAGCACGUGAUGAAGAAUGUGGACACCAACCAGGACCGUCUUGUAACCCUGGAGGAGUUCCUCGCAUCCACCCAGAGGAAGGAGUUUGGGGACACCGGGGAGGGCUGGGAGACAGUGGAGAUGCACCCUGCCUACACGGAGGAGGAACUAAGGCGUUUUGAGGAGGAGCUGGCUGCCCGGGAGGCAGAGCUGAAUGCCAAGGCGCAGCGCCUCAGCCAGGAGACGGAGGCCCUAGGGCGCUCUCAGGGCCGCCUGGAGGCCCAGAAGAGAGAGUUGCAGCAGGCCGUUCUGCAAAUGGAACAAAGAAAACAGCAACAACAAAACCAGAACAGCCCAGCCCCUGGUCCAGAGGGACAGCUCCAGUUCCACCCAGACACAGAUGACGCCCCUGUUCCAGCCCCAGCUGGUGACCAGAAGGAUGCAGACACUUCAGAAAAGAAGGCUCCUGAGCUGCCCCAGUUGGAUACCCAACACCUGUGAUACUCCUGGGAUGCCCCCCCCCACACUCUGGGUUCCUACCGAGGCAGCUGAUGAUGGGAGGGGGAUGAGGAUCAACGUGAACCUCCCCUGGGGACCCUCCCCUGGGGACCGGCAAUUCGUGUGGCCACCUGGGGGAGGGGAGGGCCAGGUGGCACUUGACUCAUUGCUGCCCGAGCCCCGCACCUGACACCUCAGCUUCCACAGCCUCCCAGUCUGGUCCCUUCCUUCCGAUCCCCUCCAGGGGACUACCUUCUCAAGUCUAGUUGGGCCCUCACCGGGUCAUCUGAACUUAGGGAAGUCCUCUCCCUCCCGAGAAGGGUCUGCCUCCUGCCUGCCUUCCUACCUGGUUUGGCCUCAGCUGCCCAGGUGGUGGCCACUCUGGCAUCCCGCAUCCCCACAGCUGCUGGAAUCCUGCCUGCUGCCCAGCGUUGGUGGACUUAUGAGGCCUGUGUGGUCCCUCGAGAGCUUUCCUUGCCUUUUGCGGGACCACCGAUACCUCAAGGACGAUGUCUUCCCCGUGGCAGGGUGUGAGGGGCUGCAGAAUCGUCAGCAUAGCCGCUUAGCGCUGAUACUUGGAACCCAGAUUCUCCAUGACCCCUGGCUUCCAGCUGCCUCAGCCUCUGCCCCGAUGCCUGGCUCCUUGCCCCUUCCCCACACAUCCCCAGAAGGGUCCUGGAGCCAACCCUGCCCCAGGAUCAGGUUCCAGCCUCUCAGCCUCGGAAGGGGGGGGAGCACCCCCCAUUUCUGGCCUUUUCUCAUGUGGCUCCAAGUUCUGCUCUGUACUCCAGUUCCACCCAAAUACACUUUCUGGAACAAUC